AUGUCUAACAUCGGAGAGUUGGCUGUGAAAAUUCACAAUUGGCGCGCGGGAGUUGGAAAACACAAAAGCACACAGCAAAAGAGCGCAAACCCCCUACGGGCCGGAGCCAUUUCAGCUGCCGCUAUCAAUUGGACUGCAUUCUUUGAUCCCAUUGACACUCAUCCGGAUAUUGUCCUCGCAGGGGUUGCUGCUCGGUCCUUGGCCAAGGCCGAGGCACAGAUUGCACACUACAAUCUGAAAGAUGUGAAGGCGUACGGCUCAUACGAAGAGCUUCUGGCGGAUCCCAACAUUGACGUCGUCUAUACCGCACUGCCGAAUGGCUUACACGCCGAGUGGGCCAUCAAGGCGAUGGAAGCAGGGAAACAUAUACUUGUCGAAAAGCCCAUAGCAUCCAAUGCGAGUGACGUCGAGAAGAUCAAGCAGUGCUCCAUAAGAACAGGCAAAGUUGUCCUUGAAGCCAUGCAUUGGCAGUUCCAUCCUGUUGCGCAUGCCGUCAGGGAGGAGAUUGAAAGCGGCAAGCAUGGAAAGAUCCUAUCUUUCCGUGCGAGGAUGACUCUUCCACGAGGCACGCUCUCUGCCGACGACAUUCGACUGAAGUACGACCUCAGUGGUGGAGCAACGAUGGACCUUAGCUAUGUGCUCUCGGCGGCAUCUUAUUUCUGUGGCCUCGAUUCAACUACGUCUAUUGACAUACAGAAAGCGGUGCCGCGCCUCAGCCCCGGGGAUCCAAAAAUCGACGAAGCCAUGGAUGUCGAAUUUGUUCUGACAGACCAUGAAACUGGCGUGGAAGCUUUCUGUACUACUCACGGUGAUUUACUGGAGCCCAAACUGCUGGGUAUUGUCCCUAGAUAUUGGAACAUGAUGCCGUCCUGUGCUAUUGAGCUUGAGAAGAGUCAAAUCAGCUUGGACAACUUUGUUGGGCCGCAUAUGAGCCAUUCAAUCGACAUUAUAGAAAAGGAUAGCAAAGGAAAUGCAACCGGUAAAAAGAGGUCACUACACUUCUACAAAGGCGGCCCCAAGUGGGGAGACAGAGGAGAAGCUUGGUGGACAACAUAUCGGUAUCAGUUGGAGGCGUUUGUCGAGAUGGUCAGAAACGUACAACAGGGAAAGAACCACACCAUGCCACCGUGUUGGCUAAGUCUAGAUGAAAGCCAGUUGGUAAUGUCGGUUAUUGAUGCUGUUUACGAAAACGCAGGGCUCCCCAAGCGAGAGUCGCGUGGUCUGGUUGCGUAG